GCCAAGCCUUCAACAUGGAUAUGGAUUUAAACAACGACUUGGAGAAACGCAUAUCAGAUGCCUUUUGUGUUUUUGAUCAUCAUGGUGACAAGUUCAUAGACGUAAGAGAAGUGGGCACUGUCUUGAGACUUCUGGGCUGUGUUCCCACUGAGGAGGAGGUCAACGAAGUUAUCUCGGCCACAGAAUCGGAGGAGACCAGUGGCGAAGUGCACUUGACCAAGUUCUUGCCACAUGUCUCGCAGUUGCUCAUGGAAAGAAAAAUGGAACCUGCUCCGCCUGAGAAAAUUCUGCAGGCCUUUAAGAUUCUAGAUCCCGAAAACAAGGGUUAUCUCACGAAGGAAAGCUUUGGUAAGCUGAUGAUGGAAGAGGGUGAGCCCUUCACCCAAGAGGAAAUGGAUGAAAUGUGGCCAGUGGCCAUAGAUCCUAUCAGUGGGCACAUACCCUAUGAGUUCUACUUGAAUCAAUUGAUGGUCUACCUGUAAAGUCUCAAAGAUACCAGAAACUACCUUAUUAAGUCCAUAACUUGCUUAGCACCUGUAAAAGGACAAAGUAGAGUUCAAUAAAGUCCCGAAAUUACACUCGUUAACAGGAAGUUUUUAGCACUCACCGCAUUUGCUAUUCUGACUAUUUCACUAAGCAAAUCUCUUUCCACUUUCCACUUUCCACUUGCACUCCCAAUCCCUUGCCCGGCCACUUACAUUAGCUGCAGAGCCACAAAGAGGAGGAGUGGCAGCUAACUAACCAAACUGGCCAAAUGCGUUCCAAAGUAG